UGCUUUCUUUUUGUUUUUUGGAAACAUUGAAAACCAUUUUAGACAUGAAGCUUGACAGUCCCAAGUUUCUUGAACUCCUCAUGAGCCAUAACACCCAGAUUGGGAUAUUCAGUAGGAUAUGUGCAAAAUGAAAGCAGCAUCCUUUUCUUAACAUAAAAUUUUAGAAUACAAGUUGGGGAGAAUUGGCCAUGGCCAGAGAACAAUUGGGAGUGCUUAAUGCACUCGACGUUGCCAAGACUCAAUGGUACCAUUUCACAGCAAUUGUGAUUGCUGGAAUGGGUUUCUUCACAGAUGCAUACGACCUUUUUUGCAUCUCGCUGGUCACCAAAUUGCUUGGUCGCAUAUACUACACUGAUUAUGAUAAAGAUAAGCCUGGCACAUUACCUCCAAAUGUGGCGGCCGCUGUCAAUGGUGUUGCACUUUGUGGCACUUUAGCAGGCCAGCUCUUCUUUGGGUGGCUUGGUGACAAAUUGGGCAGGAAGAAAGUCUAUGGGAUAACUCUGAUUCUCAUGGUUGUUUGCUCCCUCGCCUCAGGGCUUUCCUUUGGAGGGACUCCUGAGGGUACCAUUGCAACUCUUUGUUUCUUCAGGUUCUGGCUUGGAUUCGGUAUCGGUGGUGAUUAUCCCUUAUCUGCCACAAUUAUGUCUGAAUAUGCUAACAAGAAGACUCGUGGGGCAUUUAUCGCCGCCGUGUUUGCUAUGCAAGGAUUUGGGAUUUUGGCUGGGGGUAUUGUAGGUCUUAUUGUUUCAAGUGCCUUCGAUCACAGAUUCAAGACCCCGCGAUACUCAGUUAGUCGACGUGCCUCACUUGCUCCUCAAGCUGACUAUAUUUGGCGCAUUAUCUUGAUGUUCGGUGCCUUACCUGCUGCACUCACUUAUUACUGGCGCAUGAAGAUGCCUGAAACUGCACGUUACACAGCCCUCGUUGCUAAGAAUGCAAAACAAGCCGCUGCAGAUAUGUCCAAGGUGUUGCAUGUUGAUCUUGAAGCAGAGGAGGCGAAGGUACGGAAGUUAGCUACAGAACAAUCCAAUUCAUUUGGCUUGUUCUCUAAGGAAUUCGCCAAGCGCCACGGUCUUCACUUGGUAGGAACCACGACUACCUGGUUCCUGUUGGAUAUUGCUUUCUACAGCCAAAACCUUUUCCAGAAGGAUAUCUUCAGUGCAAUCAAUUGGAUUCCUAAAGCAGCGGAAAUGAAUGCCAUUCAUGAGGUUUAUCGGAUUGCAAGGGCUCAAACACUUAUUGCACUGUGCAGUACAGUACCCGGAUAUUGGUUUACAGUGUUCUUAAUCGACUACAUGGGGAGAUUUGCCAUUCAAUUGAUGGGUUUCUUCUUCAUGACAGUGUUCAUGUUCGCACUCGCUAUCCCAUACCAUCAUUGGACCUUGAAGCCUAACAGAAUUGGUUUUGUAGUGAUCUACUCACUGACCUUUUUCUUUGCGAAUUUUGGACCCAAUGCCACAACAUUUGUCGUCCCUGCAGAGAUUUUCCCAGCAAGGCUAAGAUCAACGUGCCACGGUAUUUCUGCAGCAGCAGGAAAGGCAGGUGCUAUCGUGGGUGCAUUUGGUUUCUUAUAUGCUGCACAAAGCCAAGACAAAACCAAGACUGAUGCAGGUUACCCUCCUGGCAUUGGAGUUAAGAACUCUUUAAUUGCUCUGGGUGUUAUCAAUUUCUUUGGCAUGUUGUUUACAUUGUUGGUGCCAGAAUCAAAGGGCAAAUCCCUAGAAGAGUUGACAGGUGAGAAUGAAGAAAAUGAUGCGGAGACUCAGGACGCUGGUACUGCUAGGACUGUUCCAGUGUGAUUUUGAUCAAGGUUUCUGAUACUUGUAUUUUGGGUUUAAAAGUACUCUACUUUCUUAAAAUGCAACAAUAUUAUGUAUAUGUAAUAUAAUAUAUAUUCUAUUGGAUACUUGCUCUUAAAGGCUUUUCA